UUUGUAGAGAGAGAGAGAGAGAGAGAGAGAGAGAAUGGGGAGCAUACCUGGAUGGCAAGUUGGGUUUUUGUGUGGAAUUGUUUCAUGGAUUGCCAUCUCUUCAAUGCUCAAUGUUACUCGGAAGCUUAGAUCCUUAACCCAAUCUUGGGUUUCUCGGCAGGUCAUCUCUGGCACUCCUUUCAUCCUGCAGAUCCAGAAAUACAAUAAUGGAUGGUUGGAUGCUUUCUUCUCUGGGUUGUCUUGUGUUGUUUCUGUGCCUUUCUACACUGCCUUUCUUCCCUUGCUCUUCUGGAGUGGGCAUGGAAAAUUGGCCAGGCAGAUGACCCUAUUGAUGGCCUUUUGUGACUAUUCAGGGAACUGUAUAAAGGAUGUGGUUUCAGCUCCUAGACCCAGAUGUCCACCUGUGAGGAGAGUGACUGCUACCAAAGACGAGAAAGAGAAUGCGAUGGAAUAUGGAUUGCCUUCUUCCCACAUUCUUAACACAGUUUGCUUAUCUGGUUACCUUUUGUACUAUGUCAUAUCCUACACCCAGAGUGGAGAUGCCUCCAUCCAGUUUGUUGGAUUCGCCAUGGUUUGCCUUUUUGUUGGCCUUAUUGGCGUCGGAAGAAUUUACCUUGGGAUGCACAGUUUGGUUGAUAUCAUAGGCGGUCUUGCUUUUGGAUUGGCAAUUCUUGCAUUUUGGAUUAGUGUUCAUGAAUACAUUGACGAUUUCAUAGUUUCUGGGCAAAAUGUUACAUCAUUUUGGGCUGCCCUUAGCUUCGUGUCGUUGUUUGCUUACCCAACACCGGAGUUUCCAACUCCAAGCUUUGAGUAUCACACAGCCUUCAGUGGUGUUGCAUUGGGAAUUGUAACUGGGAUCCAGCAAACUUAUCAUCAGUUUCACCAUGAUGCUCCACUGGUCUUUACCCCUCAACUCACAAUUCCCGCCUUUGUGGGAAGAAUACUAGUGGGAAUUCCAACGAUACUCCUCGUGAAGUUCUGCAGCAAGGCCCUCGCGAAAUGGAGUCUUCCUAUGGUAGCCAACACCUUGGGAAUCCCAAUAAAAUCAUCCGGCUACAUCCCAGCUCUAUGUGCUUCAAAUACCAGUAAGAAGUCGGAUGAAACUAGGCAAUCAAGUUAUGUCCAAAAGCUGUUGUUCUUCUCCUGCCAGGACUCAUUUGAUGUUGAUACUGGCAUUAGACUUCUCCAAUAUGCUGGUCUUGCAUGGUCUGUGGUUGAUCUUGUUCCGUCUCUUUUCUCUCACCUGAACUUGUAGUGUUUGGUAGCUCUCUCUCUCUCUCUCUCUCUCUCUCUCAUUUUCACUUAUUGUGGAUUUUUUUCUCCCUUAGCAGAUAUCAAGAGAAAUAUAUUGUUAUUUUGAUUUCGUAGGAUAUAUUGUUGGGUAAAGAAACAUCUAGUAUAUAAUUUUGUGUAAAUUGAUUAUGAGUGAAAUUGAGCUUAUUUUUUACUAUUAGUGAACCUAAUUUUUU